AUGAUCGUGCUGAUGUGGAAUAAGUGCUCCUGCUGUCUCCUCUUACUAGCCGCGGUCCUGAUCGUGGAGAGCUCCCAGCUAGACAGCUCCAGCUCCAAGGUGAACUCCAUCAAGUCCACCCUGAUGGGGGAGGCUCCAACUCAGGCAACCAACAGAUCUGCAGGCAUCCACCAGGGACUGACGCUUGCUAGCAGUAAGAAGGGCAAAAUGCUAGAGCAGAUGGGAAAACCUCCCAAGCACUAUCACCGGCAAGGAGAGGCCUAUCCUUGUACCAAUGAUAAGGAAUGCGAAGUUGGGCGAUACUGUCACAGUCCUCAUCAAGCAACAUCUGCAUGCAUGAUGUGCCGGAGGAAGAAGAAGCGUUGCCACCGAGAUGGCAUGUGCUGCCCUAGGAACCGCUGCAACAAUGGUAUUUGCAUACCAGUGACCGAAAGCAUCCUUACACCUCACAUCCCUGCUCUAGAAGGGCCACGCAAUAAGAAGAACGGUCAUUAUGCUAGCAAGGAUUUGGGAUGGCAAAACCUAGGGAGGCCACGCUCCAAGCUGUCACACAUCAAAGGACAUGAAGGCGAUCCCUGCCUACGGUCAUCAGACUGUAUUGAGGGACACUGCUGUGCUCGCCAUUUCUGGACCAAAAUUUGCAAGCCUGUGUUGCAUCAGGGGGAGGUGUGCACCAAACAGCGCAAGAAAGGGUCCCAUGGACUGGAGAUUUUCCAACGAUGUGACUGUGCCAAGGGGCUGUCUUGCAAAGUGUGGAAAGACGCAACCUCCUCUUCUAAAUCAAGACUUCACGUGUGCCAGAAAAUCUGAAUGAGGAUUGGGAAGAUAGUAUUAAGUGACUGUGGCUUUAUGUAUUUAAUGCAUUACGGCACGGUGGGAAAUGAGGACUGCAAAUGAAAGCAGAAUGGCUAAAGUAACAGUUAGGGUAGGAGUAGAAGUCACACCAAAUGCAUUUCUUUUUGAGCUGGUGGUAAACACAAGUGCAGCUGGAGUGCUCCUCCUGUGCAGCUCUUCUGUAAAUAACUUCUACAGUUUGUGGGAAAUGCUAGUAUGCAAACAAGUACAGUGGAAAUUAAUGUCACUUACCUUGCUGUGUUGUCCCAUGAUGUUUCGGGGGUUCAGUGUUAGGGCUA